CUGUUGAAAUCUGACAAUCACGGGACACAAGGAUGUGAUGUGAUUUUGUCAAGUGGGAGGGUCUGGCCUCACUUAUAAAGAGCUUCUGUGGCUCAGAUCAGAGGAUGUGCGAGUGUUAGUGUAUGACAGGAAGCUGCUCAAUCUCUUUCAGAAAGAUGCUGAAGGUAACUCUGUGGUUGUUUGUGGUCGGCUUUGCGUCCUGCUCCAUCACAUGUCCUGACGGAAAUGUCUGCCCUGAUCGCGCCACCUGCUGUAAGACUCCCCGUGGAUUCAGCUGCUGCCCGUAUCCAAAGGCCGUGUGUUGCUCUGACCUGGCACACUGCUGCCCUUCAGGCUUCCGUUGUAACCUCGUUACUCAGAUGUGUGAGAAAGAAGAUCAGCCAUGGUUGAACGUACCCAUGGUGAAGAAGGAUGCUGCAGAGGAACCAAGCGCUCCUCUUCUACCUUUAUCCCCUCUACAGGAGCUUGAAAAGCCGGACGAACAGAAGAGUUCAGUUGUCUAUUGUGACAACUAUUAUUACUGCCCUGAUGGCACUACCUGCUGCAGACACCCAAAAGGCGCCUGGUUCUGCUGCCCAUACUCUCCUGGCAGGUGUUGUCUGGAUGGCUACCACUGCUGUCCAUACGGCUACGACUGUGACUACACCUAUACGCACUGUGUGAGGACGGGUCUGAGAUACCCCUUCACCCCAAAACAAGGCUCAGUCCCGGCCUUUCUCACUUCAACUAAAGAGGUCAAAAGCAGUCCGAAAGAGACACCAAUGGCAGCACUAACAGAAGCCACUGUUGGUGUCGGUGAGGCUGAAGUCAUUCGCUGUGAUUCCAAGUUCUACUGCGCACAAGGGAUGUCCUGCUGCAAAGGACCCACAGACCAGUGGAGCUGCUGUCCCUACAAACUGGGCCAGUGUUGUGCGGAUGGUCGGCACUGCUGUCAGCAUGGUUUUACCUGUGACUCCACCUCUCUUUCCUGCAAUGCAGGGUUCUCUCAGACCCCCUCUCGGGAACAGGAGCCAGCCAAAACAGACUGAGGGCUUCUUGUUCAAGUUUGUGCACUGUGACAGCUUUUUGAUAUUUUAUUUCACUUAAAAUUAACGACACAUCUUACAAUCAAUAGAGAGAUUAAUAUUAAAAGUUAAAAUAAAUUCACAAAUCAAGAGAACUAUAAGCAUCAGGUAUUUUCUAAUGAAACAGAAUUGGACACUUACACUUUGAUAUCAUUUUUUGAAUAAAAGAAAAAAUGGGAAA